AUAUUACUCGGGAUAAAAAUUUCACUUUUUAAUAUUUAUGAAUUUUAUGUGAAGAAGCAGUUUCUUACUAAAAAAAAAAAAAUAAAAAAUGGAAUCCUCACAAAGCUUGACGCUAAACGAGGAAGCUCUCAGCAAAAUUCCCGAGCAAAAACGUCCCGUGUUCGUGUUUGAAUGGCUUCGUCACUUGGAUAAAGUCCUGAUUGCUGCCCAAAAGUCUGACAUCAAAGCGUGCCAGAAAAAAUUAGUUGAACAGUUGUUGGCACACAUCCAAGGUACACCGGGUCCUCCAAUGCGACGCUUAAUUGCGAAAAAUCUCGCAACUUUAUUCAGUGUGGGCGACACAUUUUUACUCAUCGAGACGGCAAACAAGUGCAAUGACAUUCUAAAAAACAAAGAUGACUCGCCGUCGUUUUUGGCGACGCGUCUUGCAGCGAUCGGGAUUCUUGGCAGCAUGUACGAAAAGUUGGGACGCAUGAUGGGAAGGACUUAUGAGGAAACAGUUCAACUUUUGUUGAAGCUUUUGCGGAAUGCUGAGUCACAAACACGCAUUGAAAUUGUAAUUACGUUGGAAAAAGUCUGCACGGGAAUGGGUUCGGCGAUAAAUAACGUUCACAAAGACAUCUACAAAGCCGUGCGAUAUUGUUUGACGGAUCGCGUGAUGGCAGUUCGAGUCGCAGCUGCAGAUUGUCUGCUCGAAAUGUGUCAACAUGCCCCAUUUUUGUACACAACUGAACUCGAAAGUCUCUCGGCUCUGUGUUUUCGUGCUCUUGACGGCAGCAAUUACGAAGUGCGAUGCGCUGUGGCGAAAUUACUUGGAAAUUUGAUCGCUUUUACGCAACUUCCGGUGAAAUCGGGACCCGGAAAUGCCGCUGCUGCGAAAACAUUCAAGCCAAUUUCGCUCGAUGAAGCUUUAAGUGUCCUCAUGGGAGGAUUUUUACGCGGCGGAGCAUCUUUCUUAAAAGGCACUGAGAUGAUAAAAGGCACGAGCAACAUAAAUCGCGAAGUUCGGGUCGGCGUAACGCACGCUUAUGUCAUUUUCGUUCAAACCAUGGGCGGAUUGUGGUUGGAACGGAAUCUCCAAGCAUUUUUAAGUCACGUUCUUGAACUUGUAGCAAACCCCAAAGCUGCUUCGUCGCAUGUUGAUGCCGUUUAUUCGCGAAAAUGCAUCAAUUUUAUCUUGGAUUCUGUCAUUGGGAAGAUGUUGGGCGAGAAAGCACAAGCUUCGGCAUGUAAGGAAUUGGUUCAUAUCAUCGCGAAACAGAUGAAUUCGAUAGAUUUUUCGCCAGAAAAUGCAAAAGAUGCGAAUCAAGAGACGCUUUUCAGUCAACAUUUGUUGGUUUGUGCACUUCAGGAGCUUGGAUCGUUAAUUUUGAUUCUUGGGACGACGGCGCAAAAUCUUCUUUCGGAUCAUACACUGAAUUUAAUUGACGCCGUGUGUGCAGUUUUGGUUCAUCCCUGUUCCGCAGCUCGUUUGGCAGCUGCUUGGUGUUUGAGAUCAAUUUGUGUGGCAGUUCCAAGUCAAAUUACGCCGUUAAUUGAUCGAUUCAUUGAUGCCAUUGAGAAGAUGCGAACGUCUCCGGAUGCGAUUUCAGGUUAUUCUUGUGCUCUUGCUGCUGUUUUAGGGUCUGUGAGACUCUCGCCGCUUGGAAUUCCUCAUACGAAAGGCAAAAUUAUAUUUAAUACGGCGGAAGAAUUGCUCAGAACAGCAAGUCAGAAUAGCAGGUUGUCGUUAAAUCGAACACAAGCUGGAUGGCUCCUGAUAGGCAGUAUCAUGACAUUAGGCAAUGCAGUAGUGAAAAAUUUACUUCCCCGUAUGUUACUUUUGUGGCGAAAUGCGUUCCCUCGCAGCACAAAAGAGCUUGAGAGUGAAAAAGCUCGCGGAGAUGCCUUUACGUGGCAAGUUACGCUUGAAGGACGAGCCGGAGCAUUGGGAGUAAUGCAUAGUUUCUUGUUGAAUUGUCGUGAAUUGGUUACGGAAGAUAUUACGAGACGACUUUUGACGCCGAUUGAAAGUGCACUCGCGAUGUUGGUUAACAUCGCUCCCGUCCUCAAAAGCUACGGACAACACUUGAAAGCACCCGCAGCAAUGGUUCGCCUCCGCCUGUACGAAACUUUAUCCCUCCUUCCGCCAACUUGUCUUGAAUCCAGUUACACUCAUCUCCUCCGAAUGCUCGUCUCGGAGUUCACUCUAACUGACAAUCCCGCAAAUACAACAACUUCCUUGCUCCGAAACUUGUGUCAUGCCGACGAAUCGAUCAUUUUGGCGACUUGGUUUCAGGAAACUGAUCAUCGUUUAAUUGAGGAUCAGAUGGAACCAAAUCGCAAAUCUGAUGGACAGCAUCUUCAACCGACAAGUGCUGCGGGUUCAGGAGCUUUGGAACAUGAUGCGUUGUCACUUUAUCGUCCUUUAAAAACUUCAGAACAGUGUCCCGGACCUCUUCCAUUGGGCGUUGCUGUCAUCGAUAUGUCAAUUCAGCUGUUUGGAUUGAUUUUUCCGCGUGCCGCGAACAAACAUCGUCUUCAAAUGGUCACGCAUUUCACGGAAUGCAUCAAAAAUUCGAAAAGUUCGCGUCAGGAAGCGGUUCAAAUGAACAUUUUCACGGCGCUUUUGUGCGGUUUGAAGGGAAUUACGGAUGCGAAAGCCGUUAUUGGGCAAGAUGAUGUCAAGACAAAUGUCACAAAUUUGAUAAUUAGCGGCUUGACAAGUGCAAAUCCGAUCCUGAGAUGCGCCGCAAGUGAAGCUCUCGGUCGAUUAGCGCAAGUUGUUGGCGAUUCUCGUGUCACAGCUGAACUCGCACAAAAUUCUUUCAAUAAUUUGAAGUCGGCACGUGAUGUUGUCACCCGAACCGGGCAUAGUUUCGCCCUUGGAUGCCUUCAUCGGUAUGUCGGAGGCAUGGGAUCUUCGCAACAUUUGAGUACAAGUGUCUCAAUUUUGUUGGCAUUGGCUCAAGAUGGCUCCAGUCCCGUCGUUCAAGUGUGGGCGUUGUAUGCCUUAUCGCUAAUUGCCGAUUCCGGAGGUCCCAUGUUUCGUUCUUACGUCGAACCAACACUUUCGUUGGCUUUGAAACUCUUGUUAACCGUCCCGCAAUCCCAUGUCGACGUUCAUCAGUGCAUCGGGCGCGUCUUAAGCGCUUUAAUUACCACUGUCGGACCCGAAUUACAAGCUUCCGCAUCGGCAAGAUCGAGUUUCAUGUGUGCUUGUGCAAUAAUGCAAGCCCAUCCAGAUCCUUUGGUUCAAGCAGAAGCCACGGGAUGUCUCCAACAAUUACAUCUCUUUGCACCGCAAUCCGUCGUUUUAGCAACUCUUGUGCCGACAAUGUGCAAAAAUUUGUCGAGCAAUUAUUUGAUGCUUCGAAAGGCAGCUGUUUCGUGUUUGAGGCAAUUAACGACGCGAGAAGCGAAGGAAGUUUGUGAACAUGCAUCGAAAGCGGUGACGACAGAUGAUGAAAAUUUUGAUAUUUCCGAGUUGGGAUUGCCGGGCGUUUUAUUUCACAUGUUGGAUAAGGAAACUGACGUUGAGAUGAUUAAAAAUAUUCAUGAUACGAUUGUUUCGAUGCUGCAGAUGUUGGCGGCGGAGAAUUUGACGCAAUGGUUGAAUUUGUGCAAGAAUGUUUUGACUGUUGCUGCUGAAGGAGGUAAUUUACUUGCAGGCGACGAAGCACAAAUAAAAGACACCGAUGAAAAUGACGAAGAAAACGACGACGACAACAUCGAAUUCCACGCCGAAGACAAUCAAGCCUCACAUCCGCAAAUCCAACCACGUUGGCCAACUCGCGUAUUCGCUUCGGAAUGUGUUCGCAAAAUCAUCACCGCCUGCGAACAAGCAAAUCCCGUUCAUUUUGACAUGUUGGCAGCAAAAGAACUCCAAAUAACGAAAGCACGCGGUGACUUUUUGGUUUUACAUCUUUCGGAUUUAAUUCGAAUGGCAUUUAUUGCUGCAACUUCUGACUCGGAUCAACUUCGUCUCGAGGGAAUGAAGACUCUACAAGUCAUUAUUCGUAAAUUUGCUCACGUUCCCGAACCCGAAUUCCCCGGGCAUUUACUUCUCGAGCAAUUUCAAGCGCAAGUUGGAGCCGCUUUACGUCCCGCCUUCGCGAAUGAGACUCCGAGUCACGUAACAGCAGCUGCUUGUGAAGUUUGUUCCGCGUGGAUUGGUUCGGGAGUCGCUCGUGACUUGAAUGAUUUGCGUCGCGUUCAUCAAUUACUCGUCUCGAGCUUGAAUAAAUUGCAUACGAAGACAAAUAGCACGCAACUGUACAACGAAAGUAUGGCAACUUUGGAAAAAUUGAGCAUUUUGAAGGCUUGGGCGCAAGUUUAUAUCUUCGCGAUGAUCGAAAAUGGAAAUGCGCCGGCAAGUGUGAUCCUUAAAAAGUUAUCCUUGGGUGCAAAAACCAUCGGAUUGCGACUCACGAAGCCCGAAGAAGACGAUUUUGGGGAUUUUGAGAGCAAAGGCGAGAGUAUUUUGUCGCUUGUGCAACCAGAAUUGGAGAAUUUAUCGCAACAAUGGUUAGCGGCGUUGAAAGAUUAUGCCUUGCUUUCACUCCCAGCUGAGUUUCAAGGACAACUGCCGCAUGAUGGAGGCGCCUUUUACACAAAUGACACAAUAAACUCGUCAAAAUCGCAUUAUAUCUCGUCGUGGCCUCCAAUUUUGCACGCAGCAGCUUUGUGGUUGAACGACGGAGGCUUCGACGCCUUAGAUGGGGACUCCGAUAAAGAUAAUAAUAAUUCCGACGAAGCAGGACCAUCAAAUGAAACCCCAAAAAUUGGUCAUGGAAGCAUCAGCGCCGAUCGUUUUCACAUGAUUUUCGGGAUUUGCAUGGAGGCGCUUUGCAGUACGCGAACAAACGAGAAACCCGAAUGCGUUGUUGCCUGUUUGCAAUCCCUUCAUACAGUUUUCAAUAGUAAAUAUGCGAGACAAGUUUUUACGCGAAACGGAUCGCUGCCCAUUGAGCUUUGUAAUGUCUUGUAUCGCCUGAUUUUGACGCGUGACAGUUUGGAAGUUCAACUUUUGUGCAUGGAAGUGCUCAAACAAACCAUUACCGCAGCCGAGGAACGUCUUGAAAUCGAAAAAGCGGGAAAAGCGACGAAAAAUACGGAAAAAGUGGAAAAUGCGGAUGACACGGAAGCCACGAAAGAUGGAACAAAGUCGGAUUUGGAUUAUUUGGGAGAAGGAGGAGAAACGGGGCAUAUUGAGCCGGGAGAAUCGCACGUUUAUGCGGUGCUUGAAGUAGCGUUGUGUUUGUUAGUAAGGCAGAUUCCGGCGAUGAAUCCGUCAGGCAAUACGAGAAUAACGACGGAACAGUUGCAACAACAAUUAAAUUCGAAUGGAAAUGCGGCGAAAUUGGGAAUUGAUAAUGGGAUGUUGGUUUCGUCGGCGCUGCAGUCGUUGGAGCAUUUGACGAAGUUGUGUUCGCCUCAAGGUGCACUUCAAAUCCUUCCAACAAUCCUCUACUUGACAACGGGAACUAUUAAAGAAAUUGCAACUAAAUCCGUUCAUGAUCCAACAAUCCUCGCCAAUACUCCAACAAUCCAAGCAGCUUUGCAUUUACUCAAAUCCGUCAUAACCGACAAAUAUGCCACAGACGAACGCAGUUCCGAGGAAUGGAUGAAAUUACUCCAAAGUGCAUUGGCAAAAAUAAUCGAUUUAACAAAAACGGGCUCGGAAGACACAAAAUUGGAUGAAGUUACGAUGAUGUUAGCAAUUGCCGUGUUCAUUUUACAUUCAAAAUCGAGUCUUGUGUCUGUUCCUGGAUUACAAUAUCCGUGCAUCAAUCAUUUCCGACAAUGUUUGCAAUCCGAAUCGAAUAUGGUGAGACUCAAAUGCAUUCAAACGAUGCGACAAAUUUUCGUUAAUGCCGAUUUGAAAGUCGCUACUCCUUACAUUCACGCCUUGGCUCCUCGUUUGGUUGAACAUUUACAUGCAGAUAAUGUUAGAAAUAUCAAAAAUGAGAACGAGUUGGCUUUGGUUUUGGAAAGCAUUACUACUGUUGAAGGUCUUAUAAGUCUUGCUGAGCCACAAAAUCGAGAUUUAAUGCAAGGCAUACAAAUGUUGACGUUGUUAGUUCCAAUUCUCAUCAGCUUCCUAUCGGAUCAACAGGCAAAAAAUAAAUCAAAAUAUUCUGUGCAAUUACAUGAACACUCGUUGCAAUGGUUGAUGAAAAUUGGACCCAAAUAUCCAGAAGAAUUCAAGGGUCUCAUGGCGCAACACCCCGAGCUUCGUGCAAAACUGGAAAUUGCUGUUCGCAACAAUCAACAAAUGACUUCCAGCAUGCAAAAAGCUAAAAAUGACGCCACAAAUGCCGCAAAAGCAAAUAUUCAACCUGCAAAACCUACGAUUGAAUUAAAAAUGGAUUUUAGCAAUUUUGGAAAAUAAGAAAAAAAGCAAAAAAAUUAAUUAAAAAUAAGACUGGCAAUCAAUUUGUAAAAGAGGAAUGAUCACAAAUCGUAAAAAAAAUUAAUCACGUCUCAUAAAUAAUCUUCCUUAGGAACACAAAAAAAUAUUCUAAUCUAAAUAUUAGCAAAAGUAGAGAAAAAUAAUUAAAAAAAAUGAUGAAAAAUGAGCUGAAAGUAACAAUUUAAUAAGUAAAUUAUGCGGAAUGACUGUGAGAAUGAAUCUUUUUUGAGAAAAAAAAUUUAAAAAAAAUAUGAGAAAAAUUUUAGAGUGACUAAAAAGUGAAAUUACAGAUGAAAAAUGAUGUUAAAUAUUUGUUUUUAACCAACUUGACUAACGAAAAAUAAUAAAAA